CAGCUCGCCCGCCCCUCCUUUCCCCGCUGCCAGCCCGAAGCGGAGCGGAGCCCGGGCGGCUCAUUGCGGAGCGAAGCUGCAGCCGCGAUGGCCACGACCGUGACCUGCACCCGCUUCACCGACGAAUACCAACUGUACGAGGAAAUUGGCAAAGGGGCUUUUUCAGUUGUACGACGCUGUGUCAAACUCUGCACUGGACAUGAAUAUGCAGCAAAGAUUAUCAACACCAAGAAACUCUCGGCAAGAGAUCAUCAGAAGUUGGAGCGAGAAGCUCGAAUCUGCCGUCUCCUGAAGCAUUCCAACAUCGUUCGCCUCCACGAUAGCAUAUCCGAGGAAGGCUUCCACUACCUCGUCUUUGAUCUGGUCACGGGCGGUGAGCUCUUUGAAGACAUCGUUGCCAGAGAAUACUACAGUGAAGCCGAUGCAAGUCAUUGCAUCCAGCAGAUCCUGGAGGCUGUUCUCCAUUGCCACCAAAUGGGGGUCGUCCACAGAGACCUCAAGCCGGAGAACCUGCUUCUGGCCAGCAAAUGCAAGGGAGCGGCGGUGAAGUUGGCAGAUUUUGGCUUGGCGAUUGAGGUGCAAGGAGACCAGCAGGCCUGGUUUGGCUUUGCGGGCACUCCUGGCUAUCUUUCUCCUGAAGUUCUACGCAAAGAAGCUUAUGGCAAACCUGUGGAUAUCUGGGCAUGUGGCGUUAUUCUUUACAUCUUGCUGGUUGGGUAUCCUCCUUUCUGGGAUGAGGAUCAGCACAAGCUCUAUCAACAGAUUAAGGCUGGAGCCUACGAUUUUCCUUCUCCUGAGUGGGACACAGUCACCCCUGAAGCAAAAAACCUCAUAAACCAGAUGUUAACCAUCAACCCAGCAAAGAGAAUCACAGCUCACGAAGCUCUGAAACAUCCAUGGGUCUGUCAACGUUCAACGGUGGCCUCCAUGAUGCACAGACAGGAGACUGUAGAGUGUCUGAAAAAGUUCAAUGCCAGAAGGAAGCUCAAGGGUGCAAUUCUUACCACUAUGUUGGCAACAAGAAACUUUUCAGUGGGGAGACAGACCACCGCUCCCGCCACAAUGUCUGCAGCAGCAGCAGCUUCCAGUGCCACCAUUGGGUUGGUGGAGCAAGCAGCUAAGAGUUUACUGAACAAGAAAGCUGACGGAGUGAAGCCUCAAACAAACAGCACCAAAGGCAACGCAGGGGUUACCAGCCCGAAAGGGACCCUUCCUCCAGCCGCACUGGAACCUCAAACCACCGUUAUCCAUAACCCAGUGGACGGCAUUAAGGAAUCAUCUGAUAGCACAAACACCACCAUAGAGGAUGAGGACACGAAAGUUAAGACCACUGAAAAUGAGCUUGUAAAAAGCCAGGUGAAUCCAGGAACAGCCCCUGAACUUCCUCCCAGUCUGCAGACUUCUCUGAUGCCAUCAGCUGCUGCUGCUGCUAUCGCUGCUGCUUCCACCAAGCUGUCUGAUGUAUUAGGCAUGGUGAAAAGGGGCUCAGGGGCCCCAGAAGCUGAAGAGCCAUCAACAUCAGUCUCUCCACCCUGCACAUCUCCAGCUGUUGCAAACCCUCCACCUCCCCAGCCUGCCAAACUCUCUGAUGUAUUAGGCAUGGUGAAACGAGGCUCUGGGUCCCCAGGAGCAGAAGAGCCAAAACCUUCCAUCACUUUGCCCUUUGCACCUCCUGUCGUUGCAAAUCCUCUUCCUCUCCAGUCUGCCAAACUGUCUGAUGUAUUAGGUAUGGUGAAAAGGGGCUCUGGGAUCCCAGAUACUGAAGAGCCAAAGCCUCCCAUCACCGUGCCCAGCCCGUCCUCAGGGGUAGCAAAUCCUCUUCCUUUCCAGUCUGCCAAACUCUGUGACGUGUUAGGCAUGGUGAAAAAGAGCUCUGGGACUCCAGAAAGUGAAGAGCCAAAGCCCAUCACCACCCUUCCAUGCCCACCUUGCGUUGUUGCCAGCCCUCUUCCUCCCCAGUCCGCCAAGUUGUCUGAUGUCCUAAGCAUGGUGAAACGGGGCUCUGGAGCCCCAGAAGCUGAGGGGCCACAGCCUGCUGUCACCCAGCUUUUCCCACUUCCACUCAUCACAAAUCCUCUGCCUUCAGAUCCUCGCAAGCAAGAAAUCAUCAAGAUAACGGAGCAGCUGAUAGAAGCUGUGAACAAUGGGGACUUCGAGGCCUAUGCAAAAAUCUGUGAUCCAGGCCUAACUUCAUUCGAACCUGAAGCCUUGGGCAACCUUGUCGAAGGGAUGGACUUCCACAGAUUUUACUUUGAAAACUUAUUAUCUAAGAACAACAAGCCCAUUCACACAACCAUCCUGAACCCUCACGUGCAUGUCAUUGGGGAAGAUGCCGCCUGCAUUGCCUACAUCCGCCUGACGCAGUACAUCGAUGGGCAGGGCCGUCCCCGCACUUGCCAAUCCGAGGAGACCCGGGUCUGGCACCGCCGCGACGGGAAGUGGCAGAACGUCCACUUCCACUGCUCAGGAGCACCAGUGGCACCACUCCAGUGAAGAACUAAUGCCGGCUGUUCUGGUUUCAUCCCGAAGGAGACGGUGAUUUGAGCUGAGCCGCUAGCAGGGAGCAGCGGUGACAAAGCACGUGUCCGCAUGCUUGUGUCCCCCUUUCCCCAUCCUCCCCUGUUUCAUUUCCAGUGCCUGUGUUUGCAAAAAAAAUGAAAAAAAAAUGAAAAAGAAAAAAGGGGAAAAAA